GCAACGUUCUUCUGUGGUCUGUGCUCAGUUCCUGCCUCCAGGUUCCUGCCCUGGGAUUCUGCCUGACUUCCCUCCAAGGUGGACUGUCUCUUGGAAGUGUAAGCUGGACAUCAUCCCGUAAGGCUGUUCUCUCACAGAGUUAGAGGCGAUUCGAAGAUUCUGGAAACAGGCUUCUGUGAAUCAACAGUGCCCCAGAAAGUGUUUCCCUCCUUGAGACUCCAGGGAAGUCUUGGAAUGCAGAGACGUUGAAGAGGAAAGCUGGCCAAAUAGCGGGUGUAGACUCGCUGAAACAGAUUUCUAGCACAAACAGAAACAAGAGUUUUUGUGUGCUUAAAAGCAGGAGUUCUCAAGUAUCAAUAGGAUAUCAGGAUUUAAAGCAUAAGUGUCUGGGCGUGAUCAGAACAAAAUGGGAGAAAUGGAGAAAAAGAUUGAAGCCCGCAGGAUUGGAUGUUUUUCCAAGAUGAAGAUGUUUCUGAUAGCACUAACAGGGGCAUAUGUAACCAAAACUCUAUCUGGAGCAUAUAUGAAUUCCAUGCUCACACAAAUUGAGAGACAGUUCAACAUCCCAACAUCUUUGGUUGGACUUAUCAAUGGGAGCUUUGAGAUUGGAAAUCUUUUGUUGAUUGUCUUUGUGAGUUAUUUUGGAACCAAACUGCACAGACCUAUUGUGAUUGGUGUUGGAUGUGUGGUUAUGGGCCUAGGAUGUUUCUUAAUAGCCCUACCUCAUUUCCUCAUGGGCCGAUACGAAUAUGAAUCUACAGUUUCCAUUUCAAGCAACCUCUCAUCAGACAGUUUCUUGUGUUUGGCAAAUCGAACCCAGACGUUGAAGACAUCAGACCCAGCAGACUGUGUGAAAGAAAUGAAAUCACUGAUGUGGAUCUACGUACUGGUAGGAAAUGUUAUACGUGGAGUGGGUGAAACUCCCAUCAUGCCUUUGGGCAUUUCAUAUAUAGAAGACUUUGCCAAAUCAGAAAACUCUCCUUUAUACAUUGGAGUUAUAGAAACGGGAGCCGUUAUUGGCCCUUUGGUUGGACUUUUGUUGGGAUCAUUCUGUGCAAACAUUUACGUAGACACUGGAUCUGUGAACACAGAUGAGCUGACCAUAAAUCCCACAGAUACCCGCUGGGUUGGGGCCUGGUGGUUUGGCUUUUUGGUCUGUGCAGGAGUGAAUGUCCUCACUGGGGUCCCUUUUUUCUUUUUGCCCAAAACUCUUCCAAAAGAAGGACUAGAGGAUAAUGCUGACACCAUUAAAAAUGACAAAGAAGAGAAACAAAUAAAAAAGUUCAAGAAGGAAAAGCGUGGGAUCACUAAAGAUUUCUUACCGUUCAUGAAGAGCCUGUCUUGCAAUUCAAUUUACGUGCUUUUCGUCCUUAUUAGUGUCCUGCAGUUCAAUGCAUUCAUUAGUAUGUUUUCCUUCAUGCCUAAGUACUUAGAACAGCAAUAUGGAAAAUCAACUUCAGAGGCAAUCUUUCUUAUAGGUCUUUAUAACUUACCUCCAAUAUGCAUCGGAUACCUAAUUGGUGGUCUAAUUAUGAAGAAGUUCAAGAUUAAUGUUAAACAAGCUGCCCACAUAGCCUGUUGGUUAGCCUUGUCUGAAUACUUUUUGUAUUUCGUAAGCUUUCUGAUGACCUGUGAUAACUAUCCAGUUGCUGGCUUAACUACCUCUUAUGACGGAACUCAACGGCCUUUAUAUGCGGAGAACAAGAUUCUUGCUGAAUGUAACACAGGUUGCAGCUGUUCAACUAAAACCUGGGACCCUGUGUGUGGAGACAACGGCUUGGCCUACAUGUCAGCCUGUCUCGCUGGUUGUGAGAGGUCUGUUGGAACUGGACUCGGCAUGGUGUUCCAAAACUGCAGCUGCAUUGGAACAUCUGGAAACUCGACUGCAGUCCUUGGGCUGUGUGACAAAGGCCGUGACUGCGCGAACGUGCUGCAGUACUUCCUAAUUAUGGCCGUGUUUGGCAGUUUCAUUUACUCCUUAGCUGCAAUACCCGGAUACAUGGUUCUGCUGAGGUGUAUCAAGUCUGAAGAGAAAGCUCUUGGUGUGGGCUUACAUGCAUUUUGCACACGAGUAUUUGCUGGAAUUCCAGCACCUAUUUAUUUUGGAGCUCUGAUAGAUUCCACCUGUUUACAUUGGGGAACUCUGAAAUGUGGUGAGCCAGGAGCAUGCAGAAUGUAUGACAUAGAGAACUUCAGGCGCAUUUACCUUGGGCUGCCGGCAGCACUCCGAGGAGCAAGCUUUCUUCCGGCCUUCUUGAUUCUGAUUCUCAUAAGGAAGCGCCACCUACCUGGGGAAGUCACCUCUCCAGAAACCGAGUUUGUAGAGACAAAACUUACAGAGAAGGAAAAUGAAUUCAAGGAUGCAAUCAGAAAUUCUAAGGUGGAGAACAGUGAAGAAUUGAAAACAAAGCUAUAGUGACUUUUUCUACUGACCUGCCAGAGUCGAACACACUGUAUAUUUUAAUUGUGUUGAAUCAUUAGAGGUACUAUAGGUAAUUUUUUCUUAUCUUUAAGAGCUUCAAUAAUUGUUUCAACUCAUGAUAUAAAAUAUUUACUGACAGCAUGUCUGAAGUAUUAGGAUAGCACUUAAGAUUUGCCUAGGCAAAGAGGUUUUGAUGUUAACCCCUUCACAGAAUUUUGAAGCUGCCUUCAUUUUUGUGUUCAAAUAGCAUUUUCAUAUUUAACUCACUCCUAUGUAUUUCCCAGCUACCUUUAAAAUUUUCCCAUUAUCAAACACUCUUUAAUUCCAUUGGAUUAUGUUUUGAUGCUGGAGUUAUUUAGAGAUGAUAAUUUUCAUCCUGGUUAUGCGAUGCCGACAUAAUUUGUUCAAAUGUAUCCCCUUCCAUGUAAAAAUCGCCUGUAUUGUUUUCUGUUUAGGAAUUGUUAUCCCCCCUUAUACAUUCUAGACAUGGCUCUUUCAAAAUCAGAUCACUCAUUAAUACUUCAUCUCUUGUGUUUGGUCCUGUCUUUCAUUUCAUAAAUUUGCAAGUUUUGUUCACAGUACUGACAAAUGUAAUGAGGUUAUUAAAAGUCAUGUAGCAAAGA